AUGUGGAAAGCGUCUAAGUACGCGUCGUUUUACGAGUUUUGCCGAAGGAAUGGGCACGUGCACAAUAUCGGUGCCUCGCCGUCAGCGAAUGGAAAAUGUGCAGUUGUUGCUGUGGAGAUUGCAGUUACGUUUCUCGGUAACUCUGGUUGGGCACCCCCCCCCCCCGGGUGCUUUGGUGCAUUUGUGGAGUACUGCGACCGGCGGGGCCGACCCUUGUCGCCUGACGGUCUGACUGCUCGAGAGCUUCAUUUCUACAUCAAAUACCUGAAUGAUCGGUGUGGUAGUUCGAAGACAAGUCAGAUCAGCAUCCGCGUAUUCGAUGGCAAUUUGCUAGGAGGUGUCAACGGCAAGAACGCGUCGGAAGUAUUGAUGAAAGGCGCUCUAGUGGAUGGAGUUUACGUCUGCGCUGCCUACAGCUCACUACGAGUGACGCACUGCUUUGCGAUCAAAGUUUUUAAUUGUGAUAAGCUCAUUUACAAUGACAACAAUGUUGCGGUGGAAAUUCAAGCCUAUGACGCAGAGUGGAUCAUGGGGAUUAUCUUUUUGCGCCGAAUCGCGCUAUACCUCCCUUAG